UAAGUCUUAACCUAUUUCAUGCAGAUCGUAUUUAUUGAAAAAAAUAACUAAUAAUUGUUACGUAAAUGGCUUCUUUAAAGGUGUAUUCAGUGAGCAGGUUGGCGAAGUAUGUAACAGAGUCCUCAUUACGGAAUAUACGCUCAAAUUUGUACAGAAGUUCAGUUGCCAGAUACAGUACAGAAGGGAAGGCUGCGGUGUCUGAUGCUGGGGACAAGUCGAGUUCCAUAGAGGACUGCCACAAACAGAUCGAAAACCUGACGAGCGAAGUUAGCUCACUUAAACAACAGCUUUCAGAUUACGAAGACAAAUACAAAAGGGCACUUGCUGACAAUGAGAAUGUGCGAAGACGGAUGCUGAAGCAAGUUGAAGACGCCAAGUCAUUCGCCAUACAGAGUUUCUGCAAAGAUUUACUAGAUGUGGCCGACACGCUGGCGGCCGCUGCGGAGAGCGUCCCAGAGGGCGUGGGCGGCGAAGGGGCCCCCGCCGCACUGCGGUCGCUGCGAGACGGGCUUAAGCUGACGAGGGCACAGCUCACGCAGGUGUUCAGUAGACACGGCCUGGUGGUGGUGUCCCCGCUCCGGGAGAAGUUCGACCCGAACCUGCACGAGGCUCUAUUCCAACAGGAGGUGGAGGGUGCGGAGCCUGGUACAGUGGUGGCGGUCAGCAAGGUGGGCUACAAACUGCACGAGCGAUGUGUCCGACCCGCCCUCGUGGGCGUCGCCAAGGGGUCGUCCUAGUGUGCGAGCACCUUUACUUCAGCAAGAACUCGCCGCACAAUGACUAGCAACGCAGAAAGGAAACAAGCGAACGGGUGAAGUGCGAGUUUGACUCGCAUGCGAAUGGGUUCCGCGGUAAUAUGCGAAAUAGUACAGUACCAUUAGAUAUAUUGUACAAGGAAUAACUUGGGACUAUUGAUAAAAGUAAAGGAUUUUAAUUGAAAAACGUCGGUAAAGUGAAACUGUACUUUUGGAAGUGAGAACGAGCAAAGUCGCAAAUACAAGUGUCACGUUACAAAAGGACAUAAUUUAUUCAAUUCAUACAUUCAACAACAUUAAUGAGGUAGAAAAAAAAACGUGUGUGUACUUAUGUACACGCGAUAGAAGUUAUACUUCUUUGGCGUA